GUCUUUGCCAGUGCCAGACAGCCUGGAGGAAGCAAACCCAUGGUUACCAAAAAGGAGUGAAUUGCUGCGAUUGUUUACAAAUUUCUAUCCAACAAUACGCGGAACAUAUGAUUGGUGGAAAUGAGUCUAGCGCCACGAACAAGAAGUAGCCGAGCUUGUCAUCUGAAAUUUCAAUGUCAAGAUCCAUCAAUCGAGCAUUUAUUGUCUUCGAGUGACUUAGAUAAAUCUUAAGUUAAUGUUUAUUUUCCGAGUAUUCAACGCGUCUUUCGCCCAUGAUCGACAUUGUUUGAAGAGAACUUGUAGUUUAUUAUCGAAUCUACGAGCUGGCAUGCGACCCCAAACGAUUGCGAAAAUGCAUUCACAACCUCUGCAGAACGUGUCUGCGGACUCAAUUACACAAAAGUAUGGGAAACUGAAGAGGGUCGAGAAUAUAAUAAAGUCACAACAAGACUGCAGGGAGUAUCGAGGACUCCAGCUAGAGAAUGGACUCAAGGUGCUCCUUAUUAGCGAUCCAGCUACUGAUAUUUCGGCUGCAGCGAUGUGUGUUCGAGUCGGGUAUAUGAGCGACCCUGAUUACAUACCCGGCUUAGCGCACUUCUGUGAGCAUAUGCUAUUCUUGGGUACCGAAAAAUAUCCGGACGAAAACGAUUACUCAACGUACUUAUCUAAAAACGGAGGAAGCUCGAAUGCAGCAACAUAUUCGGACAACACACGCUAUCAUUUCGAUGUGGCCCCCGAUAAAUUGGACGGCGCUUUGGACCGCUUUGCUCAAUUUUUUAUAUCGCCAUUGUUCACUGAGAGUGCAACUUUAAGAGAGAUUAAUGCCGUAAACUCGGAACAUGAGAAAAACAUACCUGUAGACGCAUGGAGAUUGCGUCAAGUAAACAAAUAUUUGGGGAAAACUGAUCAUCCUUAUAGCAAAUUUGGGACAGGUAACAAAGAUACGCUGCUCACAGUUCCUACAGAGCGCGGAAUUAAUACUCGUGAGGAACUUAUGAAAUUCCAUGACAAAUGGUAUUCCGCAAACAUAAUGUGUUUAGCUGUGAUCGGAAAAGAAUCGCUGGAUGAAUUAGAAGAAAUGGUGGUACCUAAAUUCUCACAAAUCGUUAAUAAGAAUAUUAGUCGACAACUUUGGCAAAAUGAACCGUACAGUAAGGAGCAAUAUGGCACUAAAGUGUACAUUGUUCCAGUAAAGGAUAUUAGAGCACUCACACUAAGCUUUACCAUUGACGACCUUUCCAAGCACUACAAAUCGAAUCCGGGACAUUACGUUAGUCAUUUGAUUGGGCAUGAAGGGAAGGGAAGCAUACUAUCGGAGCUGCGAAAGCAAGGAUGGUGCAACGGGUUGUAUUCAUCGCACACCGAUUUUAUAGGUGGGUUUGGAUUCUUCGACAUUAGUAUAUCCUUAACAGAAGAAGGUUUGGAGAAAAUUGACGAAAUCGUGGAAUAUAUUUUUCAAUAUAUCAAAAUGCUGCAAGAGAGAAAACCUGAUAAAUGGAUAUUUGAUGAGUUAUUUAAUUUAAAUGAGUUGGGAUUCAGAUUUAAAGACAAGGAGGAUCCAACUUCUCUUGUGAAUAAUCUAUCAGACGCUUUGCAUUUAUACCCCCUUGAAGAAGUCCUCUCGGCGCCUUGGUUGAGCGACGACUGGCGUCCUGAUCUGAUAACGGAUUUGCUUGAUUGUUUUAUGCCGGAAAAGUGCCGGAUAGUUGCUGUAGGUCAAAAAUUCGAGAAGGAUACAAUGCGUUCGGAACCUUGGUAUGGCACCAAGUUUGAAGUUGAGAAAAUAUCGACGACAUUGCUACAGAAAUGGAAGGACUGCCAAUUAAAUGAGAACUUCAUCCUACCGGAACCUAACCCCUUCAUACCGACUGAUUUUACUAUAAUGCGAGAGGACAGUGAUUCUUCGAAACACCCAAUUAUAAUACUUGAUUCGCCAACGCUGAGGGUUUGGCAUAAACAAGACUCGGAAUUUCUGAAGCCGAAAACGUUCGUGAACAUCGAUAUUUCUAGUCCAAUUGUUAGCAAUGACCCAUUGAAUUUUGACUUAACGCAUAUGCUUGUUGCCUUGUUCAAGGACAAUCUAAACGAAUACUUAUAUAAUAUUGAGUUAGCUGGCCUUAGAUUCAAUAUAUCCACAUCAACCUCGGGAGUGUCGCUGCAAUUCAGCGGAUACAGCCACAAACAAAAGGUUCUGAUCGAGAAGGUUUUGGAUCAUUUGUUUGAUUUUAAAAUAGACCCGCAACGCUUUGAAAUUUUGAAAGAAGAAUUUCGAUUGUUACUAAAGAACUUCGUGGCAGAUCAACCGUACCAACAUUCCUUGUAUUACUUGGCGUUGAUCCUAGUUGAAAACGCGUGGUCAAAGUCUGAAUUAGAGGCAGCGAUAAAAUGUCUGACUCCCGAACGACUUGAAUGGUUUUUAAAAGAAUUUUUGUCUAGAUUCCACGCAGAAUGUUUUAUUUACGGAAACAUUAAUAAACAAGCGGCACUAGAUGUAGCUGACAUAAUUAGCAAUAAGAUAAAUUCAACGAAUUCCGUUAUAUUACCAUUGCUAUCGCGGCAAUUGCUACUUAAACGAGAGUACAAACUGCCUGAAGGUGAAUCCUAUUUAUUCAAAAGUGACAAUAAAUUCCAUAAAUCAUCAUGCGCUCAACUGUAUUUGCAAUGUGGGAUAAUCAACGAUACUUCUUCAGUGUUUGUUGAUUUGGUAGCCCAAGUACUGAACGAGCCAUGCUAUAAUAUAUUGCGAACUCAAGAACAAUUAGGUUACAUAGUUCAUCUUGGAUCGAGAAAAACUACCGGAACGACUGGUAUUAAAAUCAUUGUGCAAUCCGACAAACAUCCAGAGUUUGUUGAAACUAGGAUAGAAUGUUUCCUCAAAGAGAUGUUGGGUCAACUUGAGAAAAUGAGCGAGAGUGAUUUCAACGCGCAUAAGGAAGCACUCAUUUCGAAGAAGCUAGAGAAACCGAAAAAGCUUUCAGUGGUGUUUCACCGAUAUCUGAGCGAAAUAUCGAUAUCGUCUUAUCACUUUGAAAGGGAUUUGGCUGAAGUUGCGAUAUUGAGAAAAAUUACGAAGCAAGAGCUACUAAACUUCUAUAAAGCAUAUAUUGACAAAGACUCACCGGCCCGACGAAGUCUCAUGAUCCACAUCGUGUCAGGUAUCAAUGAUCAUGAUAAGGAAACCUUAGAAUCCGUCAACCAGAGUACAAAGGAACCAACCUCACAUCUUUUAAUUACCGACUUGACUGUAUUCAAGUCAUCUAGAGAAUUGUAUCCAAUUGCGAAACCCCAUCUUGAUAUUACACCCAAAGGUGCAAGAAGUAAAUUAUAAUUGUAACUUAACUUUGAAAUGUGAAUGUAAUAGCUAAUAACAUAAUAUAGAUGUGAAAUAGAAUAAAAAUUGUGGCGUGAAAA